UGGCUGGCUUUGUUCACAAAAUGUUAAUCCUUUCAGGUGCAGAUCUAUAUAAAACAUUAGGGAUUAAGGGUACACAGAAACUUCAAAUCUCAUCUGCUACCUAAGCCGCUCCGGUAUGGACGUGUGUCUGAGCUCCAAGCAGCCUGGGUGCCCUGCGGAGGCACUGAGCUCCCCAGAUGUCUUGUUAGAGCCGGAGGAGGGGGCUCUCCAGAAAGAUGGCACCGGCGGACCCCCAGGAGAUUCGAACGAGAUAGAGCAAUCUCUUCAGAGCCUCCUGAAAUUUGUUCCUACGAACUACGCCAGCUACACGCAGGAGCACUACGCGUUUGCCGGCAAGAAGAUCGUCCUCCAGGAAUCGAUAGAGAGUUACGGAGCAACGGUGUGGCCGGGGGCUACAGCUCUGUGUCAGUAUUUGGAGGAACACACAGAAGAACUGAAUCUCCAGGAUGCCAAAGUGCUUGAAAUUGGUGCUGGACCAGGCCUUGUUUCCAUUGUGGCCAGUAUUUUAGGAGCUCAAGUCACAGCAACGGAUUUGCCUGAUGUCCUAGGAAACCUUGAGUACAAUCUUUUAAAGAACACACUGAAACGUUCUGCACAUCGGCCUGAAGUGAAAGAGCUGGUAUGGGGAGAGAGCCUGGAACUACACUUCCCCAAGGCAACCUUUUGUUAUGACUAUGUCCUGGCUUCUGACGUGGUCUAUCACCAUUACUUCCUGGACAAGCUGCUCAGCACUAUGCUGUACCUUUGCCAGCCAGGGACCGUGUUGCUUUGGGCAAACAAGUUCCGAUUCAGCACUGAUUAUGAAUUUUUAGAUAAGUUCAAGCAAGUUUUCGAUACAAUACUCUUGGCUGAAUUUCCAGAGUCAUCAGUCAAACUUUUUAAAGGAACACUAAAAUGGGAGUAAAGUCAACAAAAUGCCUUUCAGAACAUCAGUGUGUCUUUUGAGCAGUGUUACAAAUUGCCCCAAUAAAAGACUUUUUUAUAAAAUUGAGGAAAAGACAUAAAAACAACUUGCAUACCUAGAAUGAGUAUGACAGCAGCUUUCUAAAAUAAUCUAAGAUUAUCAGGUCGAUCUAAGUAUCUUCGAAGAAUAACAUGAAAACAUAAAAAGCAACGUUGUUGGCUUCUAAAAGUCUCAAAUGUUUAGUAAAUUUUACAUGAAUAAAUUAAUAAACAAGUAGAUUCCCCCCAUGUUAUUUCUGUUUUAAGUCUGUCAAUAUCCUUUUCUCACUUUCUGAAACUGAGCUUGACAGGGUCCUUAUAUCUUAAUUUGAAGAAUCUCCUUAAUACAACUUUAAUUAUAGCAAUGGGAGAGGAUAUUGAGUGACAGAAAAGCAGCUAUAGGCUGAACAUGGAUUAUAGAGAAUAGUAUGGAAGCAGUACUGGACAAGGAAAUGGAUAUUGUCUUAUUAAAUUCAUAAGAGAAUUUACUUAACAAGUACUCACCUCUGUCAAUUGCUGAGAACCAUUUCCAGUUAGAUUUCUGGAUUGUUCUUUCUGAUUAAAAUUUUCAGAAAAGUAGGAAAGAAUGGAAUUUUUGUUCUGAUUAAAGUCUACAAAAAUCUAAAAAAAAAAGUCACAAUUAUAAAAUAUUAAAAGCUUUCCUUUGUGAUAGGGAAAAAUUAAAAUUUAGAAUGCAUGAAAUAAAAAUGACACUAUUCAAGGGUGAUAUGAUUGUUUAUGUAAGCCAGAGUCUGCAAACUUUCUGUGAAGGGCCAGAUAAUAAAUAUUAUAGGUUUUACAGACACAUACUUUUUCUACAUAUAUGCAUAUGUAUACGUAGACAUAUGUGUAUAUCUGUAUAUAUUAUAAUUAUUUAUAAAAAUGUAAGAACCAUUCUUAGCUCAUGGACCCUGUAAAAAACCAGGCUGUGGGUUGGAUUUGACCCUUGGAACUAUAGAUAAUCCCCAGUUGAAUUACUGGAGUUUACGAGUUUAGCAAGGUUGUGAAAUGCCAAUACAUAAAGCUCAAUGGUAUUUAUAAAUUCUGAUCACAAAUAGUUGGAAAAUGAAAGUUAAAUAAAGAUCUCGCAAUAACAAUAUUAAAUACCUCAGAAUAAAUCUAAC